AUGCUGAACUCCUUCGAAAAUGACAAUGCUCACAUUUCGACCAAAUGGCUUCUUCACUUGAUUAAAGGCAGAGGCCUUCAGGUGACCCACCUUCUUUGUGUCACACAUGAUGGCACAGAUGCCUUCCAUAUGGUGGCACUUUUGCCAAAUGACAACUAUGUCUGUGACUGCUGCAUGGGCAUGAACCUUGGGAUCCCCUGCCGCCACUAUUUCCGUGCCUUAAGUGCAAUCAAGAACCUCAAGUUCAACAUUGAAGUCAUCCGCGCAUGGUGGUACCAAGAUAACCAGCUCGACACUCAGAAAGUCCCUGUUGUAUUUGCUCGUGAGGCCCAAGUACGCCACCUCGACGUCGAAAUGCCUACUGCCCUUGAAACGACACGCAUUCCCACUAAUCCUCUCAAACUACACCAUGUCAGCCCAUCAGCUCCACCUCCCACGCAAACGGUCCCUGCUCGAACGGUAUUCCACGAAGCGAAUGCAGCAUUUGCACUAUUGGCAAAUGGCAUACAGAUGCAGCAGCAACUUGAUGAGCUGCUUGAUGAUCUGCAUGACCUGCGGUAA